AUGGUAGAUUAACGCAUUUUAUUCUGUGAAGAAUGUUCCAAUAAUGUUUUUGGAAUUCUCUAUUAUUUACUCUAUAAAAAUGUGAAGUCCCCAAAUAAUAAUUCCAGAUAAUUAAGUAAACCCAAGAUUAUGAGUAUUCAGGCUACUAAAUUCAGCAUCCCUUCGCAUUCCAAAGAAAUUGAUAUGGAUAUCGAACAAGAAGAAUUCAUUAAUGAGCCUUUGCUACAAACUAAAUGUAACUAAUUGGGAAUGCUUAAUCAGAGAGAGCAUUCUCGAACAACAGAAAAUAAUUUCACAUUUGAGCCAUUUGAUCAACCCUCACUUACGCAAGUACCUCCUGACCAUAUGCAAUCCCAUUUGUCAUUGAUGGAGGAAUGUUUUACAUCGUUACUUGAAAGUACUAUUCCCGAUGAAAUUCUUUGUAGGGAUCAAGAAAAGGUUCUCAUCACAAGAUUUAUCGAGGAUGGAAUCAAAAAUAAUGGAUAAAAAUAGGCAUUAUAUAUAUCAGGAGUCCCUGGAAUCGGUAAAACUGCCACAGUCUUAGAAGUCAAAAAUAAAUUGCACUUCAAAAAAUUAGAUUUCGAUUUCAUUUAUUUCAAUGCCAUGAAUAUCAGAGCUCCCGAAGACAUAUAUCCAUUCCUCUAUGAAAAGAUCACCAAUAAGAAGGAAACUUCCAGGAUCAAGUCCUGCAUACUUUUAACUGAACUCUUCAAUAGCGAAUAAGAUUGCAUCCAAAAGAACAAGGUUAUUUUAUUGGAUGAAUGCGACAACCUCUAUACUUCAGAUCAAUAAGUUCUAUACAACUUGGUAGAUUGGCCUCAACAACGUUAUGCUCACUUAAUCGUCAUUAUGAUAGCAAAUACAAUGGAUUUCCCUGAGAGACUUAAGCCUAAAUUACAGUCCAGAUUAGGAAAUCAUCGUAUAGUGUUCAGACCUUACAAUAGUACCUAGAUAGAAAGCAUUUUAUAGUAGAGGAUGAAAACGAGCAAACUCAAAUAAUUGUUUGCUUCUAACACCUUGAACUAUUUGGGCAAAAAGAUAGCCACAAUUUCCACUGAUAUUCGCAAAACUCUAAGUGUAUGCAGAACAGCUAUAGUUUUGGCCAGGGAACAGCUGUUAAGGAGAAAUACAUUCUCUCAAAUAGAAGUAGAUCACAUUAAAUUAGCCUAUAAUAUCAUAUACAAUAAGCCUUAACACAAUGCUUUGCAAUAUUUUAAUGCUGAGUUGAAAUUGCUACUAAUUAUGAUAGCCAUUGACAUUCACGUAAAAGGGUAAAAUUAUGCUUGUUUUCAUCAAGUUGUUCAGAGGAUGAACUAAUAGCAAUCAUUACAUAACAAGAAACCUUUGAGUUAUUAUUAAAUCAAAUAAGCUUUAAUAAAAUUAUCUCAAAUGAACUUAAUUGAAAUAAAGGAGGAGUAGAUUUUAUUAACAAAGAGCACUUGGCAACAAAAAAUACAAAACAGUUUGGACUAGGAUAGAUUAUUUAAUUUGGAAGACAUUCUUAUACAACUUAAAAUAAAUAUUGAUGACAUAAAAAAUGGACUGUCUAAAGAUGAUCUUUUCAAUGAAUUUUCAAAUUUAUUUUGA